CAACCACAAACCAUUCUAUUCUUCCAACAUCAUAGUAUAACAAAUACAAACUACAAUCCUCAUCCUUAUCUUCCACUCCCAGUGGUCUCUCACAAGGGACCUCUGUUAGAUGUUGUUGUCUUUCUUCAGAUAAGUGAAUAGCACUUUCCUUCGUGUUUGGGUUAUUUAUAAGACAUGUCAGCACCUUCCAUGACUUUGACCAACAAGGUUCAAAGCCUUGAGGAAAAGACCAUGAUGCCGAAGCAGGGCAUCAUCACCAUUUUCGACUCAAACUCAAACACAACUUCUUCUACCUCUUCCUUGCGAAGAACUCUCUCUACAAACUUGUCCUCCAAGAAUUGGCUCUCUCAGAACAUUGCUCCAUCUGAAGCUGAAGACAAAACCAUUGCUGACUCCGAAGCUGAAGACACCUUUGCUGACUCCGAAGCUGAAAGAGAUAGGCUCGAGAUUUGGAGCUCCAUCCAACGGAGCAAGAAGGAGGAGCAAGAGAAAUCAAGACCAUUUGAUACGUGGAGCUCAAUCAUAUCACUCAAAGGAAAAGAUGAAAUCUCCAAGUCACUUCCUGUGACACCUUAUGUUCACCCUCUUGUGAAAAGGUCAAAGAGUUUAAGUGAGAAGAGCCUCCAAAUCUGCACCGAGAGUCUCGGAUCCGAGACAGGCUCCGAUGGCUUGUUGUUCUCUUCUUACCCUUCUUCUGAGAUAGGGGAUGCAAGGGAAGAAGAGAAAAUUGUUCCGGAACCAAUUAAUGAAGAACAAGAAGAAGGAGAAAAAGAAGAGUUGUACAAUUAUGCUGCAGUGGCUACAAAGAAGGCUUCAUCACCACCACGUGCUUUCCCUCCACCACUCCCUUCACUCUCUCAUCAUCACCAAGCUGAUCCUUCACUUCACAUGCGUUCCCACCGUGACAAUGGAAGGUUGGUUCUAGAAGCUGUUUCUGUUCCUUCUCAUAACAAUUUCAACAUUCAGCGCCAAGAUGGUCGCCUUGUCCUCACUUUCUCCAAUCACCAAGUGGAGGAGGAAGAAGAGAAUGAUGAUCAUGGGGAAGGGUGCCUAAGAGGGUUUGAAUUUGAAGAAAAUGAAGAUUAUGAGAGUGAAGAGGAAUACUUUUUUGAUACCAAGGCACAGGUAUCCUCCACUGAAGGAAAUUCUGGCUUGAUGGAAUAUGAGAGUGCGAUAGAGAAAGUGCCCUUAUUGUCUGGUGGGUUGACAAGUAGUGUUCAUGGGUUGGCUUUGAUGAUGAAUAAGAAUAAGACAAUUGAGUUGGUGAAUAGGAAUCCAAAAUGGUCGGAGAAAUUCAAUGAGAUGAGCAAUUUUGAGGAUGUUAAUAUGGAACAAUCACUGCCUUCAAGGCCAAGGGUAGCUAGGUUGAUUCCAUCAACACCUACUGUGCCUGGGGCUUCUUUCAAUUUCAAUGCUUAUGAGUACUAUUGGAGGACCAAGUCUACUACAUCAAAAGGUACUAGUGUUAACCUUUACCCCCUUGACCAAGAGAAAAAUCAUCAUCAAGAGAACCUGAAGAGCAAGGUUGUUGUCUCUGGGAACAUGAACAAGGUGAUCUCAAAUGAGCAACAACAGUUGUUUGUUUUGAGAGGGAAGAAUGGUGAUUACUUGGUUCACAAUUUGAAGAGUUGCAAGGAUUCUAGAAGGUCAUUUCUAUUCUGGGAACCCUAUUGCAUUGCCACAUCCUGAGUAACAGCACCAACAUCAUAAUUACUAAUCCAUUGCUCAAAAACACUAUUUAUUACUCCAUCCUUUUAUCUUUACCCGAUUCCACUCUUUCAGGGAGUUGUUUAGCGUAGUCAAAUAAAAGAAAAGGGAGUGAAAGAAAGGGAUAGUGAGGGAGAGAAAGAGAAAAAAAAAUACUUUAUUUGUAUUGUAAGAUCACAAAAGAUGACUUGAACAGUGUUGUCAUAUAUAAUAUUUAUUAUUUCUGUCUUUACUA